AUGAGAAAAACACCAAAAGUUUCGGGAUCUUCCACAUCGAAUACUUUCCCCGAGAUGUCUAAUAUACCAACCAUUUUUGUUCCUUUCCCACCAAAAAUAACAGCAGAAGAUUAUCUUAAAAAAAAGAGAGACGGUAGUUUUCCCAAUAAAUCAAUGAAUUGUUUUAUGCUUUAUCGGAUAGCAUUCAAUAAAGAGCUUCGCGCAAAAGGAAUAUGUGUAAGGCAACAAUCAAUAUCUCGUCAUAUUUCGGAUUCUUGGCAAAAUGAACCCGAUUACGUAAGAAAAGUGUAUAGAGAUCUUGCGGUGAGAGCUCAAGAAGAACUCGAUCAAAUGCGUAAAUGUAGUUUAGGACCCGAUCCACUUUUCACAUUUGCGACUGAUGACAGAAUUCGACAUUCAGAUUUUGCACAAUCUUUUAAUGCAAGCAAUAUUCAGUUUAAUAACUAUUUAAUCGGUGAUAAUUUUCCAAUGCUCCAUUCAGUAGAGUCAGCAGCAUUAGACUCAAUCCAAAUUCCAUUUAUCAAUAACAAUAUACAUGAACAAAAUUCAUCUGAAGAUGAUCAUUUUAAGAAUUAUUCAAUUAAUUUUCUACCAACGCCGCCGGAAUCAUCACUUGAUGGUACAUUAAUGGAUCUAAACUAUUUUCCAAUCUUCAAAACCAAUCCCAAUUCUUGUAUCGUUCCUUUCAAUUAUUUUCUUAAUUAUAAUUAA